AUGGACACAGUAAUAACGCGCAUGCAAUCGCCAAUGUACAGCAGCGUCUACAAGCACCUAAAUGGAACACUCAACCGCACCCUCUUCAGCGGGCUGUACCAAGGGUUCGGACCAACUUUUGUCGCAGGAACGCUCUCGUCAGCGGCUUUCUUCACAGCAUACGAAGCCUCAAAGAUGGCGUUUGACAAUGCCCAGUCCGCUGGAUAUAUGCUCGGCGUUCCACGGUCGCUGAUUCACGUUGCCAGCAGUGCGGUUGCUGAACUGCUUGCUUGCGCUAUCCAGAACCCGGCUGAGGUGUUGAAGCAGAAUGCCCAGGUUUUUCAGCGGCCACUUAAUGCCCAAAGAGGUCCGUCUCCGACGAUGGAGAUGCUGCGUCAGUUCAGAGAAAACCCUUCUGGGCUGUGGGCUGGGUAUACUGCAUUAGUGGCGAGUCAAUUACCGAGUAUGUGUCUUACGUUUUGUUUAUAUGAGAUGUUUAAGGAGAAUUUGCUUGAGCGGUGGAAGACAGAGAAAGAUGAUAUUAGGCAGCAGCUUGAAGCGACUGUUUUGGGUGCUGGUGCUGCGGGGGGUUGUGCGUCUUGGUUCUUUGUUCCUAUUCAUGUGGUCAAGACAAGGAUGAGGCUUGCGGUUGGUGAGCAAACAGGCAGCACCCGGUCGAAUCCCAAAGGUGUCCUUGCUUUAUCAUCCCGUAUCGGUGCAUUUGCUAUUGCUCGAGAUGUGCUGCAGAAGGAGGGGGUGGCUGGGUUGUUUUGGGGAUCUACUUUGACCUGCGUGACAGCGGUUGUGGGAGGUGGACUAUACAUUGGAUGUUAUGAGGGGGCUAAGAUAUACUUGUGCCAUUAUCAAGCCUCGUAG